AUGCACAUCUUCGCACCGACAGUGUGGGCGUGCACGGCGGCAACAGUUGACCUGGAGGCGGUGCGACGAGCGUUGCAGGAUGACUCCUUCGCGCAAGCAAAGAUGGCAGAGGCGCACAGGGGCACGGCAGCGACCGACGAGUUCCAGCUGCGAGAUGGUUUGCUCAUCCGUAAAGGGGCCAUCUACGUGCCGGGAGACGAACUUCGCGCCAAGGUACUGCAGCAGCUGCACGACGCGCCCACUGCCGGGCACUUUGGCAAGGAGAAGACGGUGGAAUUAGUAGCCAGAGACUUCUGGUGGCCAGGAAUGAGAGGGGAAGUCGCGGACUACGUGGCGAGGUGUGACACCUGCCAGAGGGCCAAACCAGUGCACAGACCGCCGGCCGGAUUGCUGGAACCGCUGCAAACUCCGUUCGAACCAUGGGAGAGAGUGGCCCUGGACUUUGUCACGGAUCUGCCCAGCUCGAGGGGCAAGACGGCUGUGCUGGUGGUGGUGGACUUGUUCUCCAAGAUGGCACAUUUCAUUCCGUGUGCGAAGGUGGCCACGGCGGAACAAACCGCCAAACUGUUCAUAGACCACGUGUUCAAGGUUCACGGUCUGCCGCGGUCUAUUCUGUCCGACCGAGGGCGACAGUUCAUCUCGAACUUCUGGCAGAGGCUGAUGGGCUUCCUGAACGUCAAGAUCAACCUGGCGUCGGCUAGACACCCGCAGACCAAUGGGCAAGCGGAGCGGGUCAAUGCCAUCAUGCAGCAGUACCUGAGAUGUUAUGCGAAUCAACAGCCUGCGACGUGGGUGGAUUACCUGCCUCUCGCCGAGUUCGCCUACAACAACACGAAGCACGUGUCCACGGGGGUCACGCCGUUCUUCGCCAACAACGGGAGGCACCCCAGAACCUUCCCGGGACUGGAAAGAAUGGGGGAGGGGGAGCCGCAGACAGCAGAUGCAUUCGCGGCGGAGUUGCAGGAGGUCCACGAUCAGCUGCGGCGGCACCUGGAGCUGGCUAAACACGCAUACAAGGUACAAGCGGACAAACACAGAAGGGUUGGCGAAGAGAUCCAUGUGGGAGACUGGGUCUGGUUAGCAGCCCACGCAGUGCCGGCCAGGUCGUUGGCGAAGAAGAAACUAGGGCAUAAACAACUGGGGCCCUACCAAGUCGAAGAACAGGUCAACCCGGUGGCUUUCAGGCUGGCUCUUCCGGAGGGUUCCAGGAUGCAUCCGGUGUUCCACAGAUCGGUGCUCACUCCAUACAAGGCACCUCACAGGUUUCAGGAACCAGGAACGGCACCGGGUCCGCUCCGAGAGAGAACCGGGCAGGGGGGAGUGGCACGGGAGGAGCGCAUCAACGAAGCCACGGAGAUUUUGGACUCCAGAUGGGGGAAGAGGGGGUAGAAUACCUUCUCGCCAAGGAGGGCACCCCGGCCAGUGCCAACAGCUGGGUGCCGGGCUACGCUUUAGACGAACCUCUGCUCAAAGAAGAGUUUCAUGCCCUCUUCCCACAUAGGCCAAUGCCAGCAGACUUUUUCGACGACUGGCUUUUCACGCCCACGCUUCAGCCAGCACGUUCCGGGGUUCGACUCGGACGAGGAACCGACACGAGACGCCCGUUCCCCGGAGGGGUCACCCUCGGGAUCUGCUUCAGAACCCUCGUAUUGGUGGGAUGAUCGACCAGAGGAGCAGUUCCGCAGAAGGUGGCUGGAGGGUCCAGGACGAGCAACGUCUCCAGAAGGUAACGAGGGAGAGACGGACAUGGACGCUUCGGGACGACCCGGGUUUCGAGCACGGCGGCACAGAGAUGGAAGCGGAGGUGACCGUCGUCAACGAGAGCAGGGAGGAAGAACCGGAAGACUUCAGAUGGCGGCCCGCCACGGGAAGCGAACUGUAUCCGACAUUCGUCCCCCUGACACGGCAGCACCCAGAUCCCGCACCGGAAGGAGGGGAGGGGGAAGAGGGGGCUUCGAGGGGGGGAUGGAUGUCAGGGGUUCAGGAGCAGAGGCAAGGGCAAGGGAGGAAACAGAGAGCGAGGGGAGGAGGCAGAAGAAAAGAUGAGUGAUGACGACGACCCGAGAUCUCCGAGUCUUUCCAGUGAAUCAGAAGAUUCACAGAAAGGAGCACCAGUGGCCAGGGCAAGGGGGAGCCUAGGGGACGCCCCAGGAAGAUAGAGCCAGAGGGGACUCAGAGGGGAGCAGUUGGAAAUCGGGACCAGCGUCACCGCCAGAGAGCAGGGAAGAGGAAGGGAGCCAGGGAUCAAGCGCUGGCAGCUCACAACAGGGGGGAGGGCACGAGUCAGGAGUGGCCACACCUCCAUCGGGGAGCGAAGAAACGGUCAGACGGAAGGUGGAAGGUUGGGCGCGCGCGCCAAGUUCAAAUGCACAGGAAGGUGGCACAGUAGGCAGCCCGGAAAGGGAGCCAGGUCCUAAAGCCCGCCGAAAGGAGGGAGAAGAGUCAGGGGGGUCAGCGUCAGCGACAGAGGAAUCCCGGAAAGAAGAGACCCCAGGGGGCAGAGGGACCCAGAGAAGAACAGUCAGGCGGAAAAGGUGGAGCAGGGCUAGGAUAUUAAGUUGGUGUACAAGGGGCGGAGACUCAGACGGAGCUUCGCCGGUCUAACCAUGAGACGUAGAGUUGCACGCAGCAGUUUGAGAAUGGAAACUGUAACUCAAUAAAGACUUUUGUUUAAUGAUCGCUGGCUAGCGUGAUCCUCUGUGAGCUAGGAUCUGGAAGCAGCUCUGACAGGAAUCAUCGCGAGGUCAUCAGUUUCAAUGUCACCCAACUGUCAGACACGCCCAUAGUGUUAGGCAUGAGUUGGCUGGAUAGACACAGCCCAUCCUUGGCGUGGUACCAGCGGCAGCUCACCUUUGGCUCGUCCUACUGUGCACAACAUUGCAUCCAGAUUGGCCAGGACGAGGAGGGCCGGGAGGAAGGGCAACAGCUGCAUCUAGGCAUGGUGCAGGCAGUGCCCCACAAGUACAAGGGAUUUUUGGAGGUCUUCUGCGAGAAGGAAGCUGACCAAUUACCACCCCACAGGCCCUACGACUGUGCAAUUGACCUCUUACCAGGGGCGACGCUGCCAACUGCGAAGCUGUAUUCCAUGUCUGAAGAUGAGAUGCAGGAGCUCAGGGAGUUCAUAGAUCACAAUUUGAAGCGGGGAUUCAUCCGAGAAUCCAAGGCAGUGGGGGGCAGUCCUGUGUUUUUCGUGAAGAAAAAGGACACGCCCCAAAAACGACUCAUUGUGGACUACAGGGCCAUACCAAGUUGAGGGCAGGAUCAAUCCCGUAGCUUUUCGGUUGACCCUCCCAGAGGAUUCCCGAAUGCACCCGGUCUUUCAUAGGUCGGUGCUUACACCCUACAAGGCCCCACACAGAUUUCAGGAGCCAGGGACGGCACCAGACCCGCGUAGGAAGUCACCAGGGGGGGGGAAGUCACCGAGGACCCCGACACUCAACGAGGUCACGGAAAUUCUGGACUCGAGAUGGGGGGAGGAGGGAGUGGAAUACCUCCUCGCCAGGGAAGGUACCCCGGCUAGCGCCAACAGUUGGGUGCCAGAUUAUGCUCUGGAGGAACCUUUGCUUAAGGACGAGUUCCAUGCACUCUUCCCACACAGGCCCAUGCCAGAGGAGUAUUUUGACGACUGGCUUUUUACCCCCACACUUUCAGGCAGCACCUUCAGGGGGUUCUCCUCCGCAGAGGAGACCACGCCGCAAUCGAGCCCUCCAAGGGGAUCGGGCUCGGGGGUGGACACGGACCGCUCUUAUUGGUGGGACGAUCAACCAGAAGUGGGGUGGCGAAGGGGCCUUGGCAAGCAGCUCGCCUGAAGUAACAGGGGGAGGGAAGGGUUUGGAGGUGUUGGGGGAGGACCCCGGUUUCGAGCACUCCUACACUGAACUGGAAGCAGAGGAGAUCGACGUCGACGAACUGUAUCCAGCAUCUAUCCCCGCUACAACGAAGCUCCCGGAACCUGCGCCCGAGCAGCGGGAGGGGGGAAGGGGGGGCUUCGAGGGGGGGAUGGAUGUCAGGGGUUCAGGGAGAGAGGCACAGGGUAGGCAGGAGAUGGAGAGCGAGGGGGAGGAAUUCCAAGCCAGCGAGGAAGAGGAUGACAAUGACUCAAGGGAUUCCAUGAGUCUUUCCAGCGAAUCAGAGGAUUCCCAGAAGGGGGCGCCGGUGGUCAGGGCCAGGAGCCCCAGGGGGAAGUGUCAGGAGCAGGGUGCCAGCGGAGGAUCCCAAAGUGGCAGCUGGGCGUCAGGACCAGCCUCCCCACCAAAGUGCAGCGAAGGGGUGGAGUUUCCAGUGUGUCAGAGGAAGCAGCUCCAGCAGCAGAGAAAGGAGGGGGUCAGAGCAAGCCGCCCUCCCGGAGGGGGGGGGAGCAGUGAAGGGAGUAGUGUAACUGUCAAAAGGAAAGUUAGAGGUUUGGCGCGCACGCCUAGUUCAAAUGUAGAGGCGCGCGGAAGUGCAGGGAGCCCGGAGGAGGGGCCAGGUCCCAAAGCCCGCAGGAGGGGGGAAGAGCAGUCUGAUUCCGCGUCAGAGGAAUCCAGGAGGGGGGAAACCCCAGUGGGUAGAAGGACCCUGUGGAAAAGGAAGGAGAGAAAGAGGUGGAGCAGCGCAAGUCUCUUAAAUUGGUGCAGGGGAGGGACUGACUCAGAGGGGACUUCAGCGGUCUAGCGUAAGAGACGUAAGGCUGCGCGCCUAGGAUGUCAAGCAAACCAUGAACUGCAAUAAACACCUUUGUAUAUAAGAAGACAUAGGCGUUGGUCUUUUGUGAGCUGAGACUUGAGGCAGCCUUGACAACACGAAUUUGAAAUGAGCACAAUCAGAGCUUAAUUAUCUUCUUUUUAUGUAGAUGGAACCCAAAAUACCUUUUUGCUGUGGUUGGGGGUGAUUCUGGUGCACAUCCAAAAAACAUCAUGCGAAUUGAAAAGCCCAAUCAAAGCUUAUUCGUCGUUUUUCUACGCAUAUGGAAGCGGAAAGACGGAGUUGUGUUACUUUGGUCUCGUUCCACACACUUUGCGAUUUCUGGGUUAA